AAAGGUCAAAGUUGAAGGUAAAAGAGAACGCCACGGGAAAUACUACGUCAUCGUUACAAAUGGCCGACGUUGUAAACAAGGCAGAGGAAUACAAGUUUUAGUUCGCUCGCUAGCUAGCUACAUGUUUACCACAACAACAACAAAAAAUGAAUAGCAUAGACUGCGAGCGUUUGGACAGCUUGGACGGCUGGGUCGCCAUCAAAACGAACAUAUUCGAAGAAAACGAGACGUUCAAGCUCGGUUUUAUCGUUCAGUGGAAUGUGAUCGAGUCCAAGUUCGCGGUCACCUGUCACAACAGAACUCUCCAGCGACAGAAGCGCAAAGACCAGCUUGCUGUCUGCGAAACCGAAACCAGCUGGGCCGGACUCUUCUCCGUUAACGACUUAAAAAAUGUCCACCGUCAGUUUACAGGGGUCGGGGAUGUCGUCGCACCCUUUUUCCCCGACCUGUCGGACUUCAAGGAGGGUAACAUUUGGGACAUGAUCUUUCUCGGUAGCAAUCGGACGUUCAACCAAGAUGAUCAAGAGAGAGAUCUGGAUACACCUUGCCGUCAGCUGGAGAAGUACUUCAGCACUGCGAUAGAUAUCUGUGGCAGGAAGAUAGUGCUGGACUCGCUUUUCCCGCAGGACGAGCGAGAUGUCGAGGAGUACUUUGAGAACAUGCAGGAGUUCAAGAGGAAAACCAUGCAGGAUGAGGUCACCAGGGCUAAGGAUCACCUUAGAAAGAUCCUUCAGAGUCAUGGAGGUGCAGACAGAAUGAUUCUACUGCUACAGAUCUACCACGAGGAGGACCUAGCCUACCAGGACCUGGUCACCGUAGCAACCACCUUCUACCAGUACCUGCUGCAACCCUUCAGAGACAUGAGAGAACUGGCAGGACUCUACAAGAUGGAGAUACUGAAGUCUCUGGAUGAGGAGGAGCUGGGUCCUAAGAGGAUAGCAGCACUGGAGAGAGAGGCAGAGGAGUGGAGGAGGAGAGGAGAGGAUGCAGUCUCCUCCAUACAGGACAUCACAGUCAGCUACUUCAUAGAAACAUCCAAAGCCCUUGGAGGUAUGCUGCGUGUGAUGGGGGAGGAUAAGCGUGGUUUUGGUCAGGCCUCCUGGGCCUCAGCAGCUCCUAGACUGGAGAAGCUGCGUUUCCUGCUGGCUAAAGAGACCCUGCAACACAUGAGAGCAACUGAGAUGUGUCUGCACCGCAAGAAACACACCAUCAGAGAGAAGAUGGGAGGUCUGUCUGGCCAGGACCAGAGGGGACCAGAGACUGUAGAUAACCUAGAGCUUCUGUACUACGAGGCUCAGCUAGAACUCUACGAUGCCAAGUUUGAGAUCCUCAAGAACGAAGAGCUUCUAUUGGUCGCUCAGAUCGACACCCUGCGACGCCAGAUCAAAGAGCUGAAAGAGGAGGUGGUGUAUUAUGAUGUGUGUGAGGAUCCAGAGGAGCUCCAAAGCCUAUCACAGACAGCUGCACCUUUAGACCCCACCCACUCACCUGUCAAUCACCUGGGGCGACGCCUACAGCAGCUGGAAGCCAAGAGAGGGAACAUCUGUGCCCGCCGUGCAUACCUCCGCAACAAGAAGGUACCCUGGGGGGGUGUCAGUGUAGCCCUGUGUGACAUGGUGUUGUUGUGUAGUAACAUGGUGUGUGGAAGCAGUGAGGUAACUAUCUCAGUUGAUUCCACCAGUCUUGUCUUAUUUCCCUCCGUGUCCCUCCAGAAGAGAGAGAAGAGGAGAGAGGAUGAAGAGAGGAGGAAGGAGUGGAUGGACCAGGAGAGAGAGAGAACCCUGAGCAGACUCCGCUCCUUCAGAGAGAAGCGACAGGGAAGUUACGUCCUGAAGACUCCACGAUCCAAGAUGGCUGCCAGGGAGCCGCAGUGUUCCGACCUCUCCCAGCCUCUGUCAAUCAUUAGCAUCGGCCCCUCCCCUUCAUCUAACGGGGCCGCCCCCAGAAAGACCCCCAGGAAACUCAAACCGAAAGACAUCCCUGUCCAAAUCUUCACUCCUCCUCUCCCUCCUCCUUCGCCUCUGCCAACUACACCUCCCACUACAGCUGUACCCCCACCUCAGACCUCCUCUCCUCCUCCCCCUCCUCCUCCCCCUCCCCUACCCCCACCUCCUCCCCCUCCACCCCUCCCUGCCCUCACCCCCUGUAAGACAGAGGUAGGGGACUCCCCCAUGCCUCUCAGUGAGAGAGAGGCCUCACCCUUCCCUGCCAAAAUGACCCUGAAGCAGAACCUAGGUUCUAUGGACGAGGUGUUGGCAUCAUUACAGCGUGGUCAGAUCAGGCUGCGUCGUGUCCAGCCCCUUGCCCCUCCUGGUCCCGGCCUGGCACCCUCCGGUGGCGGCCUCAGGGAUAACAUCAUGUCUGCCAUCAGACUUGGGGUCAAACUACGCAAGGUGGUCCCAGCGGUGCCCCUGCCCCAGGACAGCAGGGACACGGAUCUGCAGAGGAGCAUCAGGGCAGCCAUGCAGAGGAUGAAGAAGGUCUCCUCCGACUCGGAUGAUGAAGAUGAGGAGAGAGGAGAGGACAACACGCCCUCGGCUGAGUGGGACAGCUGAGAGGAGACGUAUGCACGGACAGACAGACACUCGGACGCGCACAGACACAUCCAUGAAGCAGGCGUGUUGUGUGUGUGUGUGUGUGUCUAUACAGCGGGGAGAACAAGUAUUUGAUACACUGCCGAUUUUACAGGUUUUCCUACUUACAAAGCACGUAGAUAUACUUUUGUAAAUGAAUUACUUAAAAAUCAUACAAUGUGAUUUUCGUUUUAGAUUCCGUCUCUCACAGUUGAAGUGUACCUAUGAUUUUAAAAAAUUACAGACCUCUACGUGCUUUGUAAGUAGGAAAACCUGCAAAAUCAGCAGUGUAUCAAAUACUUGUUCUCCCCACUGUAUAGACACACACACACGUACAAAACAUUCACUAAUCAAUAGGUUAACCAUGUUGCCAAUGGUUUAGUCGUGUGAUUAUGCAGGUUUACUGUAAAACUUGAUCCAUAGAGAAGAGAUCGUAUCUUAAACACCCUGAAAAUGUUUAACUAAAUAUCCACCACCUGUUACCACGGUUCAAGGCUACAGCUUUUUUUUCACCAAGCUUAGAAACUAGCUGUUAUCUGGCUAAAAAGCUCCCACCAAUUCCAGAUUUUCAUGAAUUCUUGCUUGUACGCUUGUCUAGUCUUCCGUUUGCAAACAAGCCUGAGGACUUGACAUUGAAGUAUUGAGAGAGAGAGCGAGAGAGCGAGAGAGAGAGAGAGAAAUAAAUAUAUAUAUAGAUGGUUGCAGGCCCCUGCAGUGUGUUCAACUAGAACAGGUGGUAGACCUUACCGUGUAAUGCGGUUCAGGUUGUCAUCGUAUUACACUACAUCUCCCUUAAUGUUUUGUUUGUCUAGUGCCAGUUGGAACUGGUGUCCCCCCUUCGUAGCAUAACUGACGAACCAUUGAAGGUGAAAUCGUUUUGUUGUUUGUUUCUGCUUCAGGAUUUUAUCUACGGAUGAAAAUGAGCUCGGUUUGCCAACUCCGGCACAUUUUACUUUGAUGAGGAAAACUGAAAUGUUGAUGACUGUGCACUCUGUGUCCUACAACGCCAUGUUAAUCGCCGUGACGAUAAAAUAACCCUUUAAGUAUGACCUCUGCCCUUCAUGAACAGAAUAGAAGCUUUACCCAGUUUCCCACCAUGAACUAAAACAGUAGGAUGAAGUUGACCCCGUAGGCACAACAGUCCUAGGAUCAGCCUCCUCUCCCCCCAAUCCCAACCUUUAACCAUUAGGGGGAAUCAUCUACAACAGCCCUAGGAUCAGCCUCCUCUCCCCCCAAAUCCCAACCUUUAACCAUUAGGGGGAAUCAUCUACAACAGCCCUAGGAUCAGCCUCCUCUCCCCCCAAUCCCAACCUUUAACCAUUAGGGGGAAUCAUCUACAACAGCCCUAGGAUCAGCCUCCUCUCCCCCCAAUCCCAACCUUUAACCAUUAGGGGGAAUCAUCUACAACAGCCCUAGGAUCAGCCUCCUCUCCCCCCAAUCCCAACCUUUAACCAUUAGGGGGAAUCAUCUACAACAGUCCUAGGAUCAGCCUCCUCUCCCCCCAAAUCCCAACCUUUAACCAUUAGGGGGAAUCAUCUACAACAGCCCUAGGAUCAGCCUCCUCUCCCCCCAAUCCCAACCUUUAACCAUUAGGGGGAAUCAUCUACAACACUCCUAGGAUCAGCCUCCUCUCCCCCCAAAUCCCAACCUUUAACCAUUAGGGGGAAUCAUCUAAAACUGGCCUUGGAUCAGUGUCUAGGGGGCCAACUUCACCCUAGUAUUUCUAAUGAUGCUACGUUAUUACAUUGCACUUGAUUUGACCGGGUUGUCACGGAGACGCAAAAGGCCGUGUUCCAGACUGCCCUGCGAAAGCAAGCAAGAGUCUUUUAGACAAAUGAAUCAAAUCAAAUGUAUUUAUAUAGCCCUUCGUACAUCAGCUGAUAUCUCAAAGUGCUGUACAGAAACCCAGCCUGAAACCCCAAACAGCAAGCAGUGCAGGUGUAGAAGCACGGUGGCUAGGAAAAACUCCCUAGAAAGGAGUGAUUGAAUAUGUAAGAUUUGGUGCGUGACUGCGAUGUAGGUGGCCUGGAACAUGGCCAGGUGUAUGAACCAGCGCCAGUGCACUGAUUUUAAAUAUUUUAUUGUAAACUGUCAAACCCAGUUUCCAUUCGACUGUGUUAAGUGUUAUUUUUAAAGAGAGAACGUUGUGUCAUUAAUGCUCAAGUGCCUUGGGGACUGUAAGUUAUUACGAGCUGUCAUUCACCAAUAAACUGUUGUUGA